AUCGAUCCCACCCACGGACUACGGUCAAUUGAUUGCUUAUAAAAAGGAAGACUCAGGACAGAUAUCAGUAUAAACUUUUCAGCUGUAGUACAAUGCAGACAUAUUUGUUUUCAAGUUUGUGUGUUGUUGUGUGUGUGAGUCUGUUGACCGUUCAUGCAAUACCAAGUUUUGAGGAUUUUUUAUCCAACGAUCAACCAUGGUCGAGUUUGCCCCAAUGCAGCAGUGACAAUAAACCUUGCGAUUAUGCAUUGAAGACAAUCUCACAAAGACGUUCACCUAACGGAGAUGUUGAACCAGAAGAAACAGUAUUUGAAACAAUAACAGAGAUCUGCACUUGCCGAGAUGGUAUUACCUGCCCUCGAGGAUGGGACAAUGCACCAGGAAGAACAAUCACACGAAAUCUUUUAUCAUCAGGAAAACGUGUUGAAUACAAGUCGAACUAUUGCACAGAACCGACUCCAGAUACAAUUUGUAAUGUGGAAGCAGGAGAAGUGGCAGUUGUAUUGACCGGGGUUAUGUACCCUGAUGUAAUUCAGAGUGUGAACUGUGCUUGCCCAAACAAUAAUUACAAUUUACAUUUAAAGAGAGCAUACUAUGUUUCCACUUUCCAAAUCACCCAUGAAUUUGUCUGCAGUAUGAGAACCUGCAACAUGAACACAUCCAAUAGAAGAGUGUGUAAGAAAAUAAAAAAGGACGAAACUACGGAAUACAGGUGUACUUGUCCGGAAGAAUACGAAUGCCGAAUGGAACCUUCAGCAAGAAAGGGUUAUUGUGAAAGACGAGUUGAAAUGUAGAAAGAACAAUUGAGAACUGAAAUAAACUUAUUAUCAUUGAAUAUAAAGUAUAACUGUUAGUAACACCUAUUAAGAAACAAAUGAACAAAUGCUGUAGAACAUUUUUUUUUGUAUUUUUUUGUAAAGCUUUUCCAUAACUGCCAGUCAUCUGUUGUAAAUGUUCUUACAAGUUAUGUGUACAUUUAUGUUGUUGUUACGUGAUUUUUAUUCAUAUCUUAAAUACAUUUUAGCAAAUCAAA